UGCUGGUUUCAGGCGCCCAAAACUCUAAAUGUAACUGUGUCUAAAGUAGAGCAAGAUCAUUAAUCGGUAAAUACCUAUUUCUGACUAAAGAAGUCAGCGUCUGACCGUCACCAACGUAUGCAUUUCAAUACACAACUGCCCGCAACAGUGGUGAAAUACGGGGAUAUUUUCCUCUUUCCGGUGAGUGGUUGCCAUGGAAGAGGUCCUGCGGCUCGUGUCGGGGGGCGACUGCAUCAAGAUAUGGGACGCGGGCUCCAUGAAGAUGCUGGACCAGUUCAGUCCGCACAGCAGCACGCACCCUGUGUCCCAAGUUUGCUGGUCCAGUAACAAUCAGUUCCUCGUCAGUGCCAGCAGUGGAGGAGACAAGUUAGUGGUCUCCAGCCUCAAGUCCUCCCCCAUCCCAGUUAUCGAGCUUGCUGAAGGGAAAAAGCAAACUCGUGUCUGCAUCAACAAUACAUCUCAGUACGUUGUGAGUGGGGGUCUGGAUGGCAUCGUCAACGUUUGGGACUUGAAGACAAAGAAAGUUCACCGAAGCCUUAAGGAUCACAAACAGGAAGUUACCUGUGUGUCCUACAAUGCCAGUGAUAGCUGCUUUGUGUCUGGCUCUGUCAGUGGCGAGCUCAUUUUGCACAAUGUCUCCAAGAAUCUCUCAAGCAAGCCGUUUGGCCAUGGGGCCAGUCAGCCGGUGCGAGACCUGCGCUACUCGGUGGUGAAGCGCUCCAUGCUGGGCACCAUCUCUGACGUGGGCUCCGUGGCGCUGUGGGACUCCACCACCCAGAAGGAGAUGCACACCUUCGAGGCCGCCCACAAGGGCCCCGCCUCGUCACUGGCCUUCUCGCCCGCCAACGACCUCCUCUUUGUCUCUGUGGGACUCGACAAGAAGAUCAUCUGCUAUGACACCAGCAGUAAGAUUGUGGUGCGCAACGUAAAAUCGGACUCACCGCUCACAGCCAUCGAGUUCUUCCCAGACGGCACGAGUUUGGUAGUAGGCUCAACCCAAGGCCAAUUACACCUGUACGACCUCCGCAACCUCAGUGUUCUGGUGAAGACUAUUCCGGCACACAAGACCUCGGUCACCUGUCUACGCUUUCAGUGCUCUCAGAGCAGACACAAGUCAAGUAAAGUGGCAUCAGGCAAGGCUGCGGUGUCCCAAUCAAAGAGGACCACAGGGAAACCCAGUACUCCACAUGCUGCCACCUCCAGCUCGGCGCCCAGUCCCCAGCCUAUGCCCCAGCCCACCCCAGAGCCCUACCCAGCAGACAGGCCAGAUGGACAGGCCCAUGGCACAGGGUUUGGCCUGGAUGGCUUCUCGCGUGACCCUGACGGUCAGCCUGGUGCGGACCCGCUGCCAGGCAUGGACAAGAUGCAGGUCCGAGCAGGACGGACCAGUCUGGACAUUUUCUCCCCGGUCAGAGAUGCUCCAAAAACAGAGAUGCGCAUAGGACGCAACAGUUUGGACAUCUUUUCUCCUGUUGCUGAUGAUCAGAGAGUCCUUGGUCUGGCCCCAGAUUCUGCUGGAAAGAGAGGGAGUGAUUUUGAUUUGGCGCCUCCGUUCGCCGGCGGGUCGGGACAGCGGAAGACCCCUCUGGGCACCACGAGCAGCCGUUGCUAUAGUCCCCUCUCUGCAUUCCAGACGCCACCACCCAUCAAGGAGGAGGAGGCCACGUCAGACUCGCAAGAAGGCAAAUCGCCUGAGAAGAAUGGGUGUUCAGGCUCGGAGGCUGAUGCCCUCACUACGCCCCCAGCACUGCAGAACCUGCGCAUGCAAUCGUCCAUCCCCGCCUAUCUCACUCCUGACAUCACCCAGAGACGACCCAACGACAUCCCAGCCCAUCUCACCUACAACUCCCCACUAAACGGCACACGGCCUGCACUUGCAGCAGUGGCACCAGGCAUGUCUGAUGCAGUGGCCACGUCCCUGUCAGAGCGGCUCGUGGAGACCAUGGCUGCAGAGGGGACGUCAGGAGCUCCUUUCAGCAACCAGCAGAUCGUCUUCAUACGCAACAUGAUUCAGGAGAUGCUGGAGGACCUCAGGGACUCCUGUCACAGGGAUAUAGUGAACCUUCAGGUGGAAAUGGUCCGGCAGUUUUACAUCCAGAUGAAUGAGUUCCAUGAGGUGGUGCAGAAGUACUCAGUGAACAACACACUGGUGGAAGAGAUUGAGAAGCUGAGGGAGGAGAAUAAACGGCUUAGAGCCAACUACUGAUGAACUAAACAUCCCUCAGGGUUGUGGAUGAGCCCUCACUGCGAUCUCAGCACAGUGCCAUUCUUGAGGAUCUUCACUCAGACAGAUGGAACGGACACUCGCCAGAACAGAGAAUGAUGAGACGUCAGCCACAUGCCCUCCAUCUGCAGCGCUUUGUAAUCAAAACAUUAUUUGUGGGGUGAAGAAAAGGGGAAUAUUUGUACACUUGGUUUAUAAGUGAUAAUUAGAUUACACAGUUUUUUGCCAUUUUCAUAUCUUUUAAAUAAAACUAAUUCCGCCAUCAUUUUGCCACACUACAAACAUGUAAGGCUUUUUAUAGUUUGGGCACAUAAAAUGAACUGUCUGCCUUUUAAGUGCAUCAAUGUUAUGACGAGUGAGCUCUUGUCAGUUGCAUUGCUGUUAACGGAUCACAUGUUGCACUGUAUGAAGGAGCCAACAUGUGCAUUAAUCAUGUCCUAAAGAUGAUCUGAGUGGUUUAGAAGUUUCCUUAAAAUAAACCACGUCAGAGUGCUGAGAUGUCUACCCCAAGACCUGCUUUAUGCAAAGCAGAAAUGUAUCAUAACUUAUCACUUGUGUCUUUUCUAAAGUAAUAAAAUGUGUAUGAGAGUUUACCUUUUGAAAUCUGAAAUUUUGAAGAAAAAAAACUCAGCCUGAGCAGUGACAGACAUGCGUGCUAUGAAGUCCAUCCACAUUGGAUUAUUGCCUUCAUGGACAUUUUCAUGACGUGACACCUUUUUUAGAAAGAAAGAAAGAAAAAAAACGAAUUUUGCCUUGAACUGAAAGAUGCGAACUGAAAGCUGUUGUUGGUUAUUUUCCAAAUAAAUUGUUAUUCAUAUAUUUCA